AUGUACAGGCGCAAUGGCAAACCCACCUCGUGUGAGCCGUGCCGAUUAGCCAAAGUUCGCUGCGAUCAUGCAACCCCAGUCUGCGGACGGUGCCAGUCGCGAUCCAACCAAAGUCAGUGCUACUAUCACCCUGCCCCGCUGACAAGGGUGCACGGUCAAGAUGUGCGCACCCGAUCAGUCCGCAGACAAGCGCGUAUAGCUCGGCGGGAAGCAGCAUUGCCAUCAUCGCGUACAGCUGUUAGUACACCGGCAAGCUCGGGUUUCUUGGGUUCAACAAGCUAUCUUUCUGUGUUCAGAGAAACACCACGACUGUCAAAGGCUCCGGAUAGGUCUUUAUGCGAUGAAUUUGAACAGUGGCGUACCAAACUGGAAUAUGCAGCUGCCCGGGUGGUACGACUUGCUUCGGCGAUACCCUUCUACCUGGAGCAAAUAAGAUGGUACUAUGACAAAGGUCGCUUCACCGUAAUUCCUGCACCGAUCGUCUUGGACUCUUUGUCCCAGACGGUCGCCCAUAUGGAGAGUCACCCAUGGAAUGUAACGGGCAACUGGGCAUCCAUCUACAGUGAUCUGAUGGCUGCGACAAAAUCUCCCUUGGAGAUAUCUCCCAACACCUCUGCGCGUCAAUUUAAUUCAUUAUUCACUGGUCCCCACUUACGAUUCGAAUUUAUAGGCUUUAUAUUUGCUAUGGCUGGUUUAAGUGUACAAGGUCGAUUUCCUGGUCGACAGUCUCUAGAGUUGGGUAAUGGCGAGAAGAUGGAUACAGAUGCGUUCACCACCGAGAUGGUUUUGGCAUGUCAUCAUUGUAUUGAAGUUUGUAAACAAAAUAGCCACGUCAACGAUCUAACCAUAUGGAUGCGCUACAUGCAUAUACUCUUGGCGACGGAAGUACUGGGAGAACCGAGUGAGAGAGUAUAUAGUCUCUUUGGUGACUUGACAUCUGACAUCUACGCUAUGGGUCUGCAUCAUCAACCUUCGGAUCAUGUCCCAUUCUUCCUGGCUGAAACUAGAAAACGGAUGCUAGCUGUCAGCCACCGGACAGACAAGAAUUUAUCAACAGCCAUGGGACGUCCACCGCGUUUGCCUCAUCGGUAUUGUGAUGAGGCUCUGCCGUUAGAUCUACCAGACGAGAGUCUCUUUGAAGAAAAAGAUUCUCUCGAGCGUUUUCUCCAGCGCUUGGAUGAUGGUGGCUGGAAUCGGGAUGGGAAGUUUUAUCCUGCGACAUUGAUGCGAAUGCGACAUAUUCUCUCCAAUCUGCGGGAACAAGUUCUCGAGUUAUCUCUCGGGCGCUCAACACAUCCAAACUACACAAAGGAUAUUUUGGCUACAUACAAAUUCUCCCAGACUAUAUUUAACCGGAUCCCCUCUCGAUAUAUGUAUACGUCGAGCUGCUGGAAAGAGAUGGAUGCCAUCGAAUGUUUAGCACGAAUGAUUGUACGUCUCGAACACCUGUUCAGCGUGCUGCAGCUUCAACGGAUCCGAUGUCAGGAAAACAGCGAGGCAACCAGCGACCUGCUUGAUACCUGUCUUGAGGUGUUAUCUAUUGUGGUAGAUCUUACAGGACAGUACAACAUACAUGAGAUUAAGAAGCAAUUUGCUUGGAUUUAUCUACUGUAUGGUAUACCUGCCUCUGGUGUCCUUGCAACGGAGCUGUACCGAUGCACUCUUUCUAACCAACCCCUACCACUAAGUAAACCUCGGUCAGAAGUCAUUCGUACACUCAGCUUCUUGGUUUCUUGGGUUCGAAAUACUGUUACAGAAGCACAACCCUCUGUGAUGGUUGGCGCGUGCUUGGAAUUGAAUAAUGUAAUUUUCAAACUACUGGAUGACGCCCUUAAUUAUCGGCCUCCGUUAGGGUCCGGACAAGAGGAUGCAAGACUUAGAAGUGUGGAUACAGGCCAGUCUUUUGAAAUUUCUAUCCAAGGUACCAGAGGUGAUCUGCCAUCGGAUGUAUUCAACAUUGGUCUGGCCAGUGGGGAGUCUCUCAGUUGGUUGGAUGAUUUGGAUUUUAUGCAGACAUCUUCAGGGUUAUCGUUGAUGUAA